AUGCAACAAAAGAACAUACAUGUUUGUAGAGAUUCGUUUUCAAAAUUGAGAAGAGAAAAUGAAGAAACGAAUUGUGCGAUCAUGCUACUCUCCGUCUCAUUUGCUUUCGUCCUCUUAACCACACCAUUCUACAUCGUGCAUUGUGUCUACUUGAUUUACAGAUUAAAAUUGGCUUACACAAUUACGGAUUUCCUGGCCCUAAUAAAUCACUCGUCAAAUUUCUUUUUCUACUGUGCCUCUGGGAAACAAUUUCGUGCAGAGUUCAAAAUGCUGUUGUCGUCUUGGAGGAGGUGCUUGUGGUCAGCUGCGUGCUUCAUGGCUCGCUGCAUUCCUCGUUUAAGUUUUCACAUUGGGAAGAAAUAA